GACAUUUAUACUGACCAAGAAGUAAUCAGUCUUCGAGCCUCGUUGUCCAAACUCAAAUGUCAGUUGGCCAAAGAACAACAGGAAAAGUUGGAUUUACAGGCAGAGAUUGCUGUACUAAUACAAGAGAACGUUCACCUACAGUACCAACUAGAGAUUCUUCAGGAAGAAAAAAAAUCCAGUUUGGACGUUGAACUUCAGACAGAAAUUGACAAAAGGAAAGACUCCUGUCCAGACUGCCAGUUUGCCAUGCCAUCCAUCAGUAAUUGUGAGAAUCAAGAGGUCCUGGACUGUGAUGUUGAAGCUGAGGAAGUUACUGAGAUCGGAGAAUGUAGCUUGGUUCAGUUAAGAAAUGGUGUUUUGGCCUAUGGUAGCCAAGAAUCUCUACUAUCAAUUACUAAUGCAUUAGAAUCUAAAAUUCAUAGCAGUAACAUACACAAAGGUGUGUCUCUUUUGAGUGAAUUGGAUGAUCAGUACAGGGAACUCAUUGAAAAGUAUGAAGACAUGUUGGGUUCUCGUAGGCUUCACCUUGGGGAGCAACUUUCCCAGAGCUUGGGUGUCGAAGAUUACAAGAGUGCCAAAAGAAACAGGGAAGAACAAGCACUUAAUGAAGGUACAGAUAGAGGAUGUGAUAGUGUAGAUUGUGAAAUUGAUGUCAAGCCUUCAAGAAACCAGUUGAGUGCCACAUUACACUGGUCAUCAACACUGCCACAACUCUCUAGAUCCAAGUUGGCCACUGAAGAACUGUCAGACUCUUCUCUUUCCUCUGGGUUUUCUGAAAUCUCAGAACGCAUCAUGAUUGAUCAGGAAAUUCAGACCGAACCUUUUCCUGAAGCUAAAACAGAGCAAGCUUCUUCCACAAAAACUUUGGACUUCUCAUCAGCAUCAGAUUCUUUAAAUGAUCAUUUCAGUCAUGGUCCUCCCGAGUACAAGCGGCUGUUUAAGGAAAUAUUUGCGGUUCUAAAACAAUCUCUUAAUGUUGACCUUGAAGAAAACAUACAACUACCUCAAAACUCAUCAUUGCAGAAGGAUAUUCAGCCACCAGAAGAACAGACAUCAAAUACCAGAGUCUCUCCGAAUAACGUUUCCCCCAUUUCUCAGGCCAGUCACGGUUCUAGGUUGAACUCUGCUGGUUGCAAAAGUCUUGACAUUUCUGAAAACAAAAGUAUGAAGAAAAAUAGUUCUUUAGAUGGCAGACUUUCUGGACAGACACAAAUUACCCAUACUCCAAUCACAAAAUUCUCCAAUUGUAAAAGCUCCAAACGGUCAGCUUGGAUAUCUUUUCAAGACUUCACUCUUCCAAGACCAUUCUCACAUCAAACUUUCCAGGUUAGGCUUCCUGGAAACUUAUCCUAUGCAGAUGUACUGAAGAAAGGGAGACAUGCUCACAAAACAACAAUCUGGCGUAACAGAGGCAACCUGAAUUACAGUUGUUGCAACUGACUAGACAAUCGGUUGGGCCAAAUUUAAGACCAUAUCCUGACUAGAGCUUCAGAAUGUUGUCAUUUUUUUACUAAUAAACUACCAAAAACCUUUCUUAUGGCAGGAAAGAUUCAAGGUGUUUGAUAUACAAAAGUAUCUAUAGGGUAUUUGGUUUUAUCUCUUUCUUUUAUUUUACUGGUUAACAAUGACAUAAGAUAAGCUAUUGUUGAUAGAUAUGUUC